AGUCCUUACAACUACGGUGAACUGUGUGAAUACAAAUGUAGCAUUGGUUGUCUUAACGGAACCUGUUUUCCGAAUGGAUCAUGUAUAGGAGGGUGCAAAGACGACUACAUUGAUGAAAAAUGUACAGUUCUCGCUAGAAGUAUGCAAACAUCAUUUCCAACUACACCUGUCGCUGUGGGAGCAGGAGUUGCUCUAAUUUUGUUGAUCCUAAUUAUUAUCUCUGCAAUUUUAUUCAUAAGACUAAGAAGAAGAAAGCAUUCGAAUUCGCAAUCAAGUUCAGUUCUUUUUCACAAGGAAUAUGCCAUUUCUUCUGAAAAAUUUGCUGAGAAUAAGUUAUACACAAACAUAGCAAAUGUUUCUGUUCCGAUUGAGGACCCCGAAGAAGAACCACAGAUAGAAAACCCCGAGGAGGCCGUUUAUUAUAACGACCUGUCUGUGGCUAAGGAUAUCGCUGUGUCGGACCUACUGAAUAUAAUCACACAGAGGGAAGCCAAGGAAAAGGAAGGAUUUCAAAAGGAAUUCAAGUCUCUUCCUUAUGGAGAAAGAUUUGCCUGUGAAACAGCCAAAACAGCAGAAAACAUCCCUAAAAAUAGAUUUAAAACCACGUUUCCAUAUGAUCAUUCCCGCGUCAUUUUAGAAAUGAAGGGUUUUACUUCCGAUUACAUCAAUGCAAAUUAUAUUGAGAAUAUAGAAGGAAAACGGGAAUUCAUUGCUUGUCAAGGCCCACGUGAAAACACUAUAGUUGACCACUGGAGAAUGAUAUGGCAGGAACAUGUAGAUUACAUUGUAAUGCUGACCAACCUCAUUGAGGGACCAAAGGUGAAAUGUCACCAAUACUGGCCAGAUGAAGGAAAGGAACUUGAUAUCAAUCCAUUUUCUGUAAACUUGGUAGAAGAAAAAGUCUAUGCUUAUUUCGUCGAAAGAAAGAUGUAUGUGCGGAAAAAGAGGGUCACUGGGUCAAGAUCUGUCGUGCAAUAUCACUACACCCGAUGGCCAGACCACGGGACACCGAACCCUCUGAACUUAGUUGUCUUCCACAGCCAUUUUAGACACAAAAUGAAGCAUUCCCAAAAUCCAAUUAUUGUCCAUUGCAGUGCUGGAAUUGGACGAACGGGGACAUUCAUUGCCCUUGACGUAUUGUCCAGGUAUGGCAAGGACAACGGCAAGGUCAAUGUAAUAGAAUAUGUCAAGGCCAUGCGUAAAGACAGAAUGACUAUGAUACAAAAUGUGGACCAGUACGUGUUUCUGUACCAUGCUUUGUACGAGUUUUUCAGAAGAAAAGCGCAAUGUAGGAAGAAAGAUGAAUUUCUCGGUCUUUCAAGAGAUUUAGACAAAAUAGAUACACAGAAACAACUAACCAGCGAAUUCAACGAAUUAAUAAGUUUAAAGCCAAGGUAUGAUGCCAAAGAUUUCAAGAGUGGAAAGAAGUUUUCGAAACUGAACUUGACCAAAUCAAUUUUACCAGUUGAGCAAUACCUGGUCUAUUUGACCUCUCAUGUUCCUGGCAGAGAAUCUUACUACAAUGCAGUUCAUGUAUCGUCGUUCACCCGAGCUGAGGAAUUUAUAUCUGCACAACUUCCAGUGUCCGGUGCGGCCAUAGAUCUUGUUCGUCUGCUUGUAGAUCAUGAGUCAGCAUUCCUAAUUUCACUAAACCCUCUAUCAGAGGUUAAAGAGCUACACAAUUGGGUUGAUGAAAAGAAUGGCAAUAUUAGACUGAGUCCUUAUACAAUCAUUAGAGAUACACAGACAACACUGUCCAAGGAGAUCAGAAAGACAAGCAUAAAAAUAACUAAAAAAGAGGAGAACAAGGAAGCCAAUGAAGUGCAGAUAUUUGAAUGUCUAAAUUGGAGUUCCAAUGAUGUUCUUCCCACCGAAACUUCUACAUUGACAAACCUCAUAAAACAGUUCAGCCUUGAUCGCAAGUCUCAUCCCAACGGACAUAUUACUGUUAUAUCGAAGGAUGGUGCGAGUUGCUGUGGAGUGUUUUGUGCUGUAUAUAACGCUAUAGGACAGCUACAACAGGACGAUGAGGUGGACAUAUUUACUAUAGUCCAGCAGCUACAGUGUAGAAGACCGGAAAUGAUAUCAACAAAGGAAGAAUAUGAAUUUUGUUUCAAAGCAGUUUCUGAUUUUUUGAACACAGACAGUGUUUAUGCCAAUACUUAAAACAGAUUGAUCCUUGAUGCCUUGAUAAGUUAAAGAUUUACACGAAUUUAUGUGACCAAUAGUACUAGU